UUAUAGGUCACCACAAAUGUCAAUACACAGAUGGUCCAUGGGAAGCUUGUGAUGAAACCACAGACACAAUGGCUAAAACACUGACCUUGACCUCUGGUGACCUUAAUCACUGCCAACAAACAAAGAUCAUGCGUAAACCAUGCCGAAAAUCAUGUCAAUACAAGGCUGGUAAAUGGGGGCGCUGUGAUCCUAAUACUGGUCUUGUAGAACGCCAGGAUCGACUCAAACCCAACAGUGCAAAGUUCUGUGCUCAGUAUAGAACUCUGACCAAGAACUGCAGAAGGAUUAGAAAGAGAAACUCCUGUAAGUACACAGUGAGUCCGUGGGGACCAUGUGACCCAGUGACUAAGAAGAGGACGAAAGUCCUGACCCUAGUGAAGGGAAACGCCAUAAAAUGUAAAUCAACAAAAGAGAUUCACAGACUGUGUAUACGACCAGAUGGAAGAGAUCGUUGCUUCUUUGGCCAAUGGAAGGACUGGGAGGGAUGUCUGAAUGGAGUCCAGAAGAAACAGCGGGAGGUUCUACAAGGAGGAGAUGAAUGUCAGAUCCGGGCCGUCAGAACUAGAGCUUGUUAGUCAUGGAAAUUCUGUGUAGAACAAGAGAAACUUGUGCACUCUGAACACUGAAGCCAAUUAUUGGUCAGGAGUUGAUGGGUUCUUUUGUGUUAAACUUGUUAAGUAAUCAUGGUAGUUUUAUUCAUUCAUAUUGAAUGAGACUCAGUUUUACAAUGUUUAUAUGUGUAAUUGAUGGGGUUUUUUUUCUCAAACAUUCAUAUGAAAUUUUGGGUGUAGACAAGGAUAUUUAUUAUCAAAAGUUGAUAUUUUACAUAUUUUAAAUUAUAUAACACAUAUUUUGAACACAUCCCAUUUGAACAGCUAGUCUGGGCGGCUUAGAAAUGGCAAAGAUAUGGAUUCCUGUCAUCCAGAAACCUGUGACUAUAGCAAUCUUUUUCCUAUGGAAAAUAUGUAUAGAAAGCCAGGCCAAAAAGAGGUCAAGGCAUGGAAUAUUUGCUGAAAUAUUGAAUUACAUCACAUGGUUCUAAAACUCGGAAACCCUGUGCCAGAAAUCUGUGUCACUUUCCAUAUAUGGAGACACAGAUUUUUGGAAACCAAUGUCAAAAAGCUGUAUGACUUACCAUAUAAGGAGUCAUAUGGGAUCAGUGCAUUCAGCUUUAUAUAGGUCAGGAAUGGGAUCAGUACAUUCAGCUUUAUCUAUGUCAGGAAUGGGAUCAGCACAUUCAGCUUUAUCUAGGUCAGGAACUCUAUAGAAUCUCCUGAUGUUACUGUAGAUGUUAAACUAAGAAUUACAUGAUUAAUAUACACAAUUGUUAUUUUACCCAUUAAUUAAAUUUGUUCAAUUUGAGAAAGAAUUGAAUUAAAUCAUAUAACUUUCUUUAUCACAGUGGCACAUAAAAUAAAAUGGGACUGUUAAGUUUAAGUAAAACUUAUGUCCAUGUUCUGGAUAUGCAGAGCACUGACAGAUUUUCAAAAACACAGGUUCCAUCCCUUAGCCAUGUCUAUUCAGCCUCAAAAUGUUUUAGGGUUAGUUGAUACAUGUAACUGUAUUGUUUCAUAUGUGUUUUUAAUUUUUUUUUUUUUUUUUAUAAAUCUUAAGUUUGAUAAACUUGUAUAUGAAAUUAUUCAAUUUAAUUUUAUCAUGAUGCAAGAUUUUUUUAAAUUUUUAAACACAGGAUAAAUAUAUAAGCAUAUUUUUAAAUGAAAAAUAAUGUACAUUAUCAAUGGAGGACAAGUAUGUGCAAUGCAAACCAAACAUAAGUAUCAUUAAAUUUAACAUGAUAAUCAGUAAAGAAAUUCAAUCAGUAUGGUGCUAAAGGUUUUAUAAUGACCUCACUUUUUUUAAUUUCUUAUUUCAUUCUUCUUUUUUGUGGGAGGGAGUGUGGGGUAUUCAAUUAUUAGAACAAAUUUGUAUCAUUGAGGAUGCUUAUUAUCAAGUCUGGUUAGAUGGUCUUUUCGGUCCCCGAAAAGAUAGAUGAAAAUGUCAAAAGUUUAAAGACAAUAGACCACAGAGAGAUGACAAACAAAAUUUUGAUCACUUGGACAUGAGCUAAAAUAUAACUCCUUUAUAAACAAGCAAAUUACUUAGGCAUUGCACUUUAACUUAUUUAAUUGAAUCUGAGAGAUACAUGUCAUUGAGCUUUUUAUCAUGAUAUUCCAUCAGAUAUAUCAUUCCUCUUCAAACUGAAGAUUUAUCAAUUUAAUCCAUUUUGUUAUAUCAGAUCUUGAAUUUACGUGUUCACAUGAUUUGUACUUCUACUUCUAA